AUGCGCACACAAGCUUUCGUUCUUCUGGCUGUCGCCGCCGUUGCUCUUGCCGGUGACCCACCAUCCGGUUACCUGCCUCCCUCUAAAGACCCAAAAAGAUGCCUCGAAAGACUCGACGAAUUUCCCAAUCGCUCCGGAACACGUCUCGAUAUCCUGGACGGCCGUUGUGUCAAGGCUCGCACGUACAAGGGCAAAUACGGCCCUUACAAUGGCGACCACUUUUUUGAGGCGUGCUGCAAGAACAAAAAGGGAGAGUUCACGGAGCCAACGUGGGUCAACCUUGACCAGUGUAUCAGCUAUGACACAUUUUUCAAGGAGGUUGAAGCCGGAAAAAACGGUGGAAGCACAGUCAAGGAUAAGUGCUCCAAAUGUGUGGUUGGGGAUGAUGGGAGGGGCAUGACCUCGCUCACGCCUUUCCUGAAGUGUCACUGCAAGGGCGACGACGGAAAGGACGCAGAGUCCAAAAUAAUUCUUGGCACGGCGACCUUCGGUGAAGACAGUUUCUGGGUCGAUGACGAAGGCAAGCUCCAAUGUGGAGGUGGAAAGGAGUCAAAUGACAACGACUGA